AUGGCCUGGUCGCUAGUGGAGGGACGUUGGAACCGAUGGAGUCGUGGUCUGGCGAGGAGACUGAUGAUCGUUAUUUCGCCACGGACAUCCCAGACGUUUCUGAGGAGCAAGUUGGAGCAUUUUGGAGUUGAGAAAGCGCGGGCCAGGACGCCCUACCCGUCGGUACUCACAAUAGUCGUGUCUGGCAACGGAGAAAAAGGAGUCUCCAGAGGACGACAGUACGCUCAAACGGGUUACAGACGCGAGGGAUGGGGAUGGACAUGGCCGUUGUUUGUCAGAACAUGUCUCAUUCAGAGAAGUCGUGCUCCUGCCAAAAGAAACUCAUUUUGGGCAGAAGCGGACCGUGGUGUUCGUUGGUUCUUUCCUCGCCUCUCCGCUCUUUCCCUCGCGGUGCACUCUCCCUGGCGGGCGUCCGCCGGCAAGCACCCGCCGCCGCCCGCCUCUUUCCUCCCUUGCGUCCUCCAGAACAGAGAGCACGCGGAUCAACGACACGACAACACCACCGUCAAUAACGCACAAGCACUCUGA